CUGAGCACAGACAAACAAUAACUGUUCCCUGUCCUCUGGCCCUUUGCAAAUAAAUGCCUUACAGGACUUGCCAGGCCACCUCACUUGGAGCUGCCCAGCAAGGAACAGCAUGUCAGCCGGCUGGGGCUUUGCCUUUGCAAUCUGCAUUUUAGAAAUAAGUGUCCUCACUGCAGAUCUUACUCCCAGUUAUGGCCAAGAGCCAAUAGAAAGGAGUGGCCCUCCAGCACCCAUAGACUGCAAAAUGAGCCCCUGGAGUGAAUGGUCGCAAUGUGAUCCCUGCCUCGAACAAAUGUUUCGCUCAAGGACCAUUGAGGCAUUUGGACAAUUUAAUGGGAAAAGCUGCAUUGACUCUGUGGGAGACAGACGACAGUGUGUGCCCACCGAGCCCUGUGACGACAUUGAGGACGACUGUGGAAAUGACUUUAAAUGCGGUACAGGCAGAUGCAUAAAGAGGCGACUUCUGUGUAACGGGGACAAUGACUGUGGAGACUUUUCAGAUGAGGAUGAUUGUGAUAGUGAUCCCCGUCCCCCCUGCCGCGACAGAGUGGUGGAAGAGUCUGAGCUGGCGCGGACAGCAGGCUAUGGAAUCAACAUUUUAGGGAUGGAUCCCCUAAGCACACCUUUCGACAAUGAGUUCUACAAUGGACUCUGUAACCGGGAUCGGGAUGGAAACACUUUAACCUACUACAGAAGACCCUGGAACGUGGCUUCUCUGGCCUAUGAAACCAAAGCUGAUAAAAAUUUCAGAACCGAAUAUUUUGACGAACAGAUUCAAGCAUUUAAAAGUAUCAUCCAAGAGAGGAUAUCAAAUUUUAAUGCAAAUUUAGCUGUAAAAUUCACACCCACUGAAGUAAGUGUGGAACUAACAGAUAUAAAGAGAUGCCUUGGAUAUCAUCUGGAUUUCUCUCUGGGUAUGUCUGGAGUCUCUGCUGCAGCUCAAGUUAACAAAAAUGAUUGUUUAAAGAGGGGUGAAGGUAAAACUGUAAACAUCACCCGUGAUAACCUCAUAGAUGAUGUCAUCUCACUCAUAAGAGGUGGAACCAGAAAAUAUGCAUAUGAACUGAAGGAAAAGCUUCACAGAAAAGCCACAAUUGAUGUGUCUGAGUUUGUCAAUUGGGCCUCUUCCGUAAACGAUGCUCCGGUGCUCAUUAGUCAAAAAGUCAAAUAUACCUACAACGUCUCCCUUCUUCAGUUUGAUUAA